AUGUAUGAACGCUUUCGCUUCCACCGCCGCGGCGUUUCUGUGAUUGUGGACUUGGUGCGCGAUGAAAUGGAACGGAAAACAAAGCAUAGCUGCGCGGUACCAGUGGAGCUGCAAGUCCUCGUUGCGCUGAAAUUCCUGGCAAGUGGAAGUUUCUUCAUAACGUGUGGAGAUACCGUUCAUGUGCACGUGUCCACUGCGAGCCGGAUUGUUCGUGCCUUAGUGCUGGCGUUACUUCAUCACCUCCACAAGUACGUGCGGUUCCCAAUUGGUGACGAAGCAGGCUCUGUGAAGGAAACGUUCCUACGAAAAGGUGGUUUUCCUGGAAUUGUGGGUGCUGUCGAUGGCACUCACAUUCGUAUUCAAGCUCCUGUACAACAUGAGGAAAACUACAUCAACCGAAAAGGCUUUCACUCCCUGAAUGGUCAAGUGGUAGUGGAUGCCAAUUCGUACAUUACAAAUGUUGUGGCUAAGUGGCCAGGCAGCGUUCACGGCUCUCGAAUCCUUCGAAGCAGCUGCAUCGGAGAACGUUUUGAAAGUGGCCACAUUCGAGGCAUGCUGCUCGGCGACAGUGGGUACCCGUGCAGGCCGUGGCUUAUGACACCGUUUUUAAGACCAAAUGGGCACGCCCAGGAGAUGUACAAUGAGGCACACAAAACGUCACGGUCAGUUGUGGAACGAGCAAUUGGCCAGCUGAAGAGAAGGUUUGCUUGCCUCCAUGGAGAACUUCAAAUGGCACCUGAACGUUGCUGUGGCAUUGUUGUUGCGUGCUGCAUCCUCCACAAUCUGGCAAAGCAGCUGGGAAUUCCUGACGACAGAGCUGAGCCAGAGCUUCAGGAUGACUCUGAUGAGCAAGAGCCACAACGGGCACCACAAGACGGGGUGCAUGUACGGAACUUGAUUGUGCAGCGACAUUUUACGUGAGGUCCUCAUCAUAUAACUGUGCAGAUGGCUCCUUUUUCUUUCUACGAGCACCUGCACUGCGACUGCGGCUUCGACGUGGGGCUGACUGCGGAGGGCUACCUCUUGGUAAUUGGUGGACAUCGGGGGGCAAGGACGGCCCAAAUGGUUCUGCUGACUCAUCUGGGAGAAUGUCAGUAGCUGCGUCAA